AUGCAUGCCUGUACUCCCUUUUCUUUCAUCGCCGCUGCCGUUGGAUCGAUCGGUUACCAGCGCAACUCAUGUGGCUACUGUAAAUCCGACAAUGGAAGUCCUUCUAAUAUGUAUCCACUGCAGGCGCGUCGUACUAUACUAGCUCUGUAUCAGUACGUCCCGCCCAUUAUGAGGAACUCGUCAACCGUGGGUGGAGACGAGAUCAUGUUGUCCGCACUAUACGAUGAGCCUUCAAGUCGAGAAAGGACCAACGCAAAGCGAUCAAUCGCUGGAACAAAUUCGUCCUGGGACCGGAAUACAUCCGAAGGGCAGCUUAUCUGUGCCCAAAAACACGGGAGUGAGUCCAUCGACUAUGACCCGAACAUGAGAACAGGGUUAACCUCAAAUAUUUUCAGAGAAAAGAGGCACCGGAAAUGCAAUUUCGAUCUGCUCACAGCUGUUCACGAAGCUGAAUACAGCAAUGUGAAGCGGCCCAUUGAUCCCAAGACCAAGAGAUACUUGGAACCUGCUCAUCGAUUUGAGGUCAACAUAGAGGGGGAUUCUGUAUCUCAGGCAAAAUACGAGCUCUUCCUCAAAUACCAGACCAAGGUCCACAAGGAAGACGUCUCCACUUGGCAGCAGAAGGACUUCAAACGGUUCCUCUGUUCGGGCCUGAAGCGUUCCCCGGCUGAUCCUAAGUCUACUGAAAAGAAACUAGGAUCAUGGCAUCAGUGCUACCGCCUGGACGGGAAACUCAUAGCCGUUGCGGUCCUGGACUUGAUGCCGAGUGGCGUGAGCUCUGUAUAUAUCUUCUAUGAUCCCGACUACGAACAAUGGGAAUUCGGGAAACUCAGCGCCCUAAGGGAAAUUGCCCUCUCUAUUGAAGGUAGUUACCAGUAUUACUACAUGGGCUAUUAUAUCCACUCGUGCCAGAAAAUGCGUUACAAGGGAUCCUUCAAGCCUCAGUACAUCCUCGACCCCGAAAGCUACACAUGGGAUCCGCUUGACGGCGAACUGGCAAAGAAGCUAGACGAACGUCCAUACGUAUCGCUCUCGCGUGACCGCCGUCUUGCGGCUGAAGGCACACCAGAGUCCGCCGGGACAGAGGCCGAUGCCGAAAUCAAUGAUGAUGAGGUAUCUCUCUUCGACCUGCGCAUGCCCGGUGUCCUGUCUCUGGAGGAAGUGGAGCCUUUGGAUUUGGACCACUGGCUACUCCUCGUCCAUGGUAGUUUUGUUCAUAUGAUUGACCUCGUGGGAUGGGAGACGAUGCCUAUGGAUAACCCCCAGUCGGUUAAAGGGAUUAUUGCUGAACUUGCCGCGGUGUUGGGGCCGAAAAUUGUCAAGGAAAGUGCCGUCGUAUUAUUCGACUAA